AUGGAAGGCGGGUUCAGCAAAGCACUCUUGUUGCGAAGAGAGGAUGGUACCGAAAUUGUCGCGAAGAUGCCCUUCGCUAUCGCUGGACCACCGAAAUAUACAACAGCAUCGGAAGUGGCCGUUCUACAAUACUUACCCAAAGUUCUAGCUUGGGACACCGAUCCAUCAAAUCCAGUGGGUGUUGAGUACAUCAUCAUGGAAAAGGCUCCUGGUGUUCAGUUGUACAAAGUAUGGGGUGACAUGAAUGAUUGGCAGCAACUCCGCGUCGUAACCCAAUUCACUGAAUUUGAGGGCCAAAUGGCGAAGAUCCGUCUUCCAGCGAACGGAAGUCUCUAUCUUACUAAGUCCAUGGCGGAAAGCGACACAUACGUCGCCCUAGAUCGAGAGAUGGAUCCAUCUGGAGAUUAUUGUAUAGGCCCCUCUUGCGAGCGAGGAUGGCAUGCGCCAGACCAUACUGCAACUCUAUAUCCUCAACUUCACCAGGGGCCGUGGCCCGAUCUGCCUUCCUUCGGAACAGCUCUUGUCGAACGAGAGCUCACAUUUCUUCAAAAGCGCUGGUCUGUUAGUACAACUGGCGUACCCCGAGGGUCUCUCGAUGAGGAGAUCACAGUUCUGAAAAUGGCCAAAGAGGUCAUGUCUAGACUUAACGAGCGGACACUUAUGGGGAAAGUUUCUGAGCCUGUUCUAUGGCACACAGACCUCCACAUGGGUAACAUCUAUGUUUCCGAACAGAACCCAGAGGAAAUAGUAUCACUCAUCGACUGGCAAUCCGUCGUAGUCUCACCAUUAUUCUUACAAGCACGCUUCCCAGAGUUUCUCACAGUCGGUGAGGACUACGUCCUCGGUACUAUGGAGCUUCCAAAGUUACCUCCUAAUUUUGACGAGAUGGAUGCAGAAGAUAAGAAAUUUGCUGAACACAACUUGAAAGAAGCUAAAUUAGCAAAGAUAUACGAGAUUAGCAGCAAGUCCAAGAACAUACGGGGCUGGAAAGCUUUACAGGUACCGCUGUUCAUUCGAGAGCUCUUUAUACGCUGUGCAGAAGCCUCGGAAGAGGGUGUGGUACCACUUCGGGCAUGUCUCAUUGAGUAUGCGGCAAAUUGGGAGGAGAUUGGCUUCGAAGGCGAAUGUCCCAUCAGCUUCAGCGAAGAGGAGUUGAAGAGACACGAACAGCAGUUUGAAGAGUACAGUAAAUAUCACGAGAUACUCAAGUGGGCUAGGGGAAUUCUGGGUACUGAUGUUGAAGGUUGGCUAAUGCCAAUGCUGGACAUUGAAGAGGCACGAAAGAAAAGCGACGAGCUUUUGGAGGAGUUUGUGCGCAGGUGUGAUCAGUAUAACAUGACACCAGAGCGGAUGAGGGAGAUCUGGCCGUAUUCGGAACGUUCGUAA